CAUAUCAGAUCAACACGAACACAAGCUAUGCUGGACACCCUCACAGAUCUUCAAAGAAAGGAACAUGCUCUAAACGAAGCCAACAGAAGUUUGAAACAACGGUUGAUGGAAGGAAAUCACAUAAGUCUGCAGUGGAAUCAUGAUCCUCAAGACGUUGGCUAUGGCCAUGAACCAACUCAAUCUCAGCCUCAUGGUUUCUUUCAUCCUUUGGAAUGUGAACCCACUCUACAAAUUGGAUACCAGACUGAUACAAUGGCAGCUGCAGGGCCAAGUGUUAAUAAUUUCAUGUCGGGAUGGUUGCCUUGAACAUGAGAACUGGGCAAAAUCAUGGUUUGAAGUCAUCGAAUUCAGUAUUUUGUGUGUUAUUUCAUAAAAAAAGACUUUUUAUGUGUGUGGAUUUCUCUCAAGCACUCUCUGUAAAUGGGACUCUUGUUUCUAUAUAUUUGAAGCUUUGUGGAUGGAUUCUCCUAUUCAUAUUAAUAAAUAUGCACACGUGCAAAUAUAAUAA